UGUUGUUGUUUUCCAGAAGUGAAAGUGUUUCUCUUUCAGCCUCGGCGCCAUUUUAUUGCUGCUGGAAAAAUAACGAAAAAGCUGCAACAGCAGGCGGAAACGGGGACAUUAAUGUCCCCCAGCAUGGAGUGCUGAGUAAAAGAGUGAAAUUCCUUCCAGCAGAAGAGAUCCGCGUCUUCAGGAAUCAGCAGGGAGUCCAUGAGCUGUGUGUCCAUACACUAAUAUUCAAAAAUGGAGAGCCGGGAUCUGGACACAGAUAAUGUGACCCCACCCUCAAAAAAACGUAAAGUCCAGAUGAAGAGAUCAGACUCACCAGAACCCAGCUGUGUCUCCAUGAAGAGCGAUCGGUCUAUGGGUUUUCCCUGGGACUUUAAAACUGGAAACCCGUCACCUGGACACAGUGAAGUCCAGAUGAAGAGAUCAGACUCACCAGAACCCAGCUGUGUCUCCAUGAAGAGCGAUGCGUCUAUGGAUUUUCCUUUAAGCUUUAAAACUGGAAACCCGUCACCUGGGCACAGUGUUUUACAGAAGGCAGGAGACAGAAGAGAAAAGAUCUUCAUCACAGAUACAGGACACGCCCCAGAAUCUCCUGCUGUAAAUGAAUUCCAGAAAAAGUUCAGAUUAAAUCUGAUGAAGAAGUUUCACUGUUUAAAUGGAGUGAUGAUAAAGCCGGAAACGCGAGCGCUCCUGAAUGAGAUCUACACCGAGCUCUACAUCACAGAGGGAGACAGUGGAGACGUCAAUAAAGAACAUGAGGUGAGACGGCUCGAGGCAGCGUCCAGGAGAAAAGCAACAGAGGAAACACCAAUCAAAUGCAGCGACAUCUUUAAGCCCUUAUCUGAAAAAGCCCAACCCAUCAGAACUGUAGUGACAAAGGGCGUGGCUGGUAUCGGAAAAACAGUCUCUGUGCAGAAGUUCAUUGUGGACUGGGCUGAAGGGAAAGCAAAUCAGGACGUCCCCCUCAUAUUUCCACUUCCUUUCAGAGAGCUGAAUCUGAUGAAGGACCAAAACCUGAGUCUGCUGGAGCUCCUUCAUGUCUGCUUUAAGGAAACCAGAGAAACAGAAAUGUCCAGGUUGGAAAAGGUUCUGUUCAUUUUUGAUGGAUUGGACGAGUGUCGUUUCCCUCUGGAUUUCCGGAACACGGUGAGAGUGUGUGAUGUAACUGAAUCAGCAUCGGUGCGUGUGCUGCUGAUAAACCUGAUCAAAGGGAAUCUGCUUCCCUCUGCUCUCGUCUGGAUCACCUCCCGACCAGCAGCAGCUGAUCAAAUCCCCUCUGAGUACGUCCAUCGAGUCACAGAGGUACGAGGGUUCAAUGACCCCCAGAAGGAGGAGUACUUCAGGAAGAGGGUCAGUGAUCAGAGCCUGGCCGAGAACAUCGUCACACACCUGAAGUCAUUAAGAAGCCUGUACAUCAUGUGUCACAUCCCAGUCUUCUGCUGGAUUUCAGCCGCUGUCCUCGAGAGAAUGUUGGGUGAAGCAGAGAGUGGAGAGAUCCCCAAGACUCUGACUCAGAUGUACACACACUUCCUCAUCAUUCAGACAAACGUCAUCAGAGAAAAAUACUCAAAGAAGCAGGAGAGUGAUGAAGAAAUGCUGCUCAAACUGGGACAACUGGCUUUUGAGCAGCUGAAGAAAGGCAACCUGAUCUUCUAUGAGGAAGACCUGCGAGGGUGUGGCAUUGAUGUGACAGAAGCAGCAGUGUACUCAGGUGUGUGUACGCAGAUCUUCAGAGAGGAGCCUGGGCUUCACCAGAGUAAAGUGUACUGCUUUGUUCAUCUGAGCAUUCAGGAGCAUCUCGCAGCUCUGUAUGUGCAUCUGACCUUCAUGAAGGAAAAGAGAAAUGUUCUUAAUCAGAGUCGGUCCAAGACAAUUUCAGAUGUACACAGGAGGGCUGUAGAUCAGACGUUAUACAGUCGCACUGGACAUCUGGAUCUGUUCCUCCGCUUUCUUCUGGGUCUCUCACUGGAGUCCAAUCAGAAACUCUUACAUGCCUUAGUAACACAGACAGGAAGUAGCUCCCAGAGCAAAGAGGAAACAGUUCGGUACAUUUAAGGAGAAGAUCAGUAGAGAUGAGCUUCCUGCAGAAAAAUCCAUCAAUCUGUUCCACUGUCUGAAUGAACUGGGUGAUGAUUCUCUC